UAGUGAAUUCCGGGAUAAAAGAUCCUGAAGAGAGAUGUACCCAGAGUUAUGGGGAACUCUAUAAACCUGUGUGCUCUUUCUUUUAUGUUCUAAGUUUUCUGCGAAUUCACACGAGAUAAAGAGAGAUAGUGAGCUGAGAGAAAUCGGAUUGCUCGAUCCUAAGAUAGUAGAUUCGCAAUCGUAUCGGCUACAGUACCAUAGGGUUAUGAGCCUGGUCGUGUCCGUCAGAGUAUAGAAUCGGCGUUGAGAAAUUACAUGGGUCCUCAUCCAGUCAUCAUCUUUUGCUUUGGCAACCUAGAAUACAUCCCUCUUCAAGUCUUGAGAGACAUCUCUUCCUCUGGAAUAUUCUUACUCAUGCCCCUUUCAGUACUUGGUGGGGAGCAAGUCGCUAAGCUUGUGAGCGACUGGAGCUAUCAUAAACCGACUACAAUAUUGCUCAUAUCUGGUGAGGAAACUUGGUAUAAUGAAUUUAUGCGCGACUGCACAGAAGGAGCCAGAAUUCUUCGUGCAUUUCCAGAUCCUCAGCCACCACUACGUACACCUGGUACCUCUACUUCUAAAGAGUGGGUCUGGGACUACUUGCUUAAAGAGAAAGGGAGGGGGGCUCCUGUGGAGAUAGAGAGCAUGUUACUUUGGUAUGCUCCUAAGUUUUUGUGCAGACUAUGCUACAAAGCUACCAUAAGCGUUGAACAUUUCUUCAGUCAUCUCAAGAGUAGAGAACACAAACAGAAGGCCUUGAGGCAGAUUGGGACAGACGAGGAAGAAAUGCAGUGUAUCCAGGAAAAAGCGCAAGCAGCGCAUGCUAAGGAUAUUUCUUUGGCAGUCUGUGGCGUGGGGGCGGCGGUCACGGUAAGUGGAGGAAUAAAGGUGAACUGAACUAGACUAAGACCAUCUCCAUUGCAUAUCUCUAUUUUUCUCUUUAAAAUAGAGAAACUCUAAAGUAGAGGUGCAUUUGUUUCUAAUGCUUAUCUCUAUUUUUUCCUUUAAAAAUAAAUAUUCU